AUGCGUUCGAUAUUACUUUCCACCUUGCUACUAGCCGCGUCAGCCGUCAAGGUCCUAGGCGUCGACACAUUGUUUACUCACCCGGGCACCUACGAUGAAGGCGACGAAGCAAUCAACAACCCUGUAUACAAGGAGGGCGAUACUAUCCUCAUCAAUUGGGUGACGGACCUGAAGCAGAUCACCGUCUACGUCUUCCAGCGUAACCCUGGCGACUUUUCCGGAACGACGCAGCUGGGAGAAUAUGUCCGAGAAAACGUAACGAGCAAGAGCACUUUCUGGAAGGUCAACCUCGGCGAGGACUCGUUCAACCGUACCGUCCCCAAGGGCGAGAUGCCCGUCCUGUACUUCGCCCUGUACAACCCCUCAGACGACGCCGUAAAGAUCAUCAAGUCGCAAGACUUCAACGUCUCCCUCUCCGACGCCGCCGAGACGUCUUCCACCACGACAAAGGGCUCCGCAGCUUCCACCAUCGCCGACGGCCCCGCCAAGACGAGCUCCGAAGCCGACGACGACGACAGCCUCUCCGCCGGUGCCGGCGCGGGUAUCGCGGUCGGCGCGACACUCGGUGUUCUCGCCCUCGCGGGAAUAGGAUUCUUCUUCUGGAGGAGAAUGAGGAGACCUCAGCCGCAGUAUCAACAACCCCAGCAGUAUCAGCAGUAUCAGCAAUACAACGUCCCACCGCCAGACCCCAAACCUCAGCAGCCGACCGAGCUAGUUGGUCACUACCAUCCUCAACAACAGCAGGGCCACAUCUACGAGGCCCCCUAA